AUAUUCGUCUGUAUUCCUUACGCGGCGUCUCUUCGCGGCCAUGGUAACACUUCCCUCUGGACCUGUGAAUCAAAAACCAACUCAUACAAGAGCUUUUCAUGCGGGUAAGAUCAAUAUUUCCCUGUUUACCUUCAGUCAAAACAUCUAUAAUGGUCUGCUGGUCGGCUGGUUUUUGCCCCCGCGCCUGUUUGACACAUGGCCGGGGGAUUAAGCCGCAUGUAGGUUAUUUAUUGACUCGGGAGUCGUUUGUUGUCUGUCUGUGGCCUAGCAGCAAGCUAGCAAAGCUAACGUCUGCAAGAUGAGAGGGUGUAGGAAAAAAACAAACAAGCUCAAAUGAAAUUUGGCUUAGUUGGGUUUAGUUUAUUGCCCUUCACGAUGGUGUAGAUCUAAAAUCACAGUUCCUGUUAUCAGUGAGUGUAAAUAACCUGCUUUGCUGACUGUUUGAUUUCGCCAUGUCUGAUAAGCAACUCAUAUGUCAGAUUCACAGCAGAGGACAAUAUGGUGUAGACCUAGUUUGAAACAUUUGAACUAAUACUUGUACUUUAAUUUGCCAUUUUAUCUCUCAGUCAAUUCAAAUCAUUGUUGUAUUUAAUACUUGAACUUCUCCUUUUGUCACACAGCUGUUAUUCAGCAUGAACUUAGCAGACAUGUGUGACAACGCAAAGAAGGGUCGUGAGUAUGCUCUGCUGGGGAACUAUGACUCCUCCAUCGUCUACUACCAGGGGGUCAUUCAACAGAUCCACAAGCACUGCCAGUCCCUCAGAGACCCUGCACUCAAAGUCAAAUGGCAACAGGUGAGAAAUCCAAAAAAGAGUCCUUCAGGUCUGACACAAUCAUCAUCAUCAUCAUCAUCAUCAUCACAAUUUUGAGUCCUCAUCGCACCUUCUUUGUGUGUGUUCAGGUAAGGCAGGAGCUGACCGAGGAGUAUGAGCAGGUGAAAGGCAUCAUGGGAACACUGGACAGCUUUAAGUCGGAGAAACCAGCUGAUAUCUUGGCUCCACAGUCAGAGGAGAGACUUGAAGAUCCAGUGGUUUGGCCCCCUCCCAUCGCUGCAGAACACAGGUGAGCGUGUAAAGGGUUAUUGAGACACUAAACUACCUCAACUCUAAACCUAAACUGAUAAAAUACAAACAGAAACUUCUCAUCUCAGUGGCUAUAUAGACAGAAUAUCCUUAUUGUAUAUUGCAACAAGAACAACCAAGUGUGAUUCUAGGUUUCCAUGUAAUCCUGAUUAUCUUUGCCAUGUCUUAUUUUAUAGAGCUAUUUUCUUGAGGGGCACACAGCUUUUAGUCACUCAUCCAGCAAAGUGGAAAAAAAUCUGUGACUAGUUUAUUAAAGCUGUCAGUCUUGAUGCAAUUAAGGCCCAAAAUUCAUGAGUUUUUUCUAAACUGUACCAUAGUUAAGUCACUGAAAUAAUGAAACUCAAACCCAAGGUUCUGUUAUUUUAGAGUUACAUUUUUGCUAUUUAAAUGGGAUGAUACACAGCUAAAGCAAGAACAUACUUCCAGACCAAAGUCUUUAAAUGCCUCAAGCAGGGGCGAGGAAACUGGAACUUUUCUAUUUGACCUUCUCUCAGAGGUGAAGUCAGUGUUACUGGCUGACCUAGACCACAAAACUGUUCUAUAGACAUCAGUCACAUUGAGAUCAACCAUGAAAGUAUGCCAUAGCAUGUUACCUACAAAUAGCACAGAAGUGGGGGCUGUUGGUUCCAGUAUUUUGUGGAAAAUAUAUUAAAAAAAUGAAAACUUUAAAGACCAUUGAACUGUCGUAGACAUGUUAACCAAUCUAAAAUGGGCACAUGUGCGCUCAAUAAUGCUCUUAAAUGAUGGGAAUAUGCCCUGAAACAGGAGCUAUGCCUGCUUGCUGCUGCCCUUGUUACCACUCUGAUGUUAGAAAAGACCUCUAGAUUAGACUGCUGUCUGUGGAGUGUUUUCUUCUCCUUGAGUUUUGUUGCUUCCCUGUGGCCUACCGUGAUCGGCAGGCCUACUCAUGGUCCUGACAGAACAGAUGGUUACUGAUACUGCUAAAUAGUUUAGAACAAAGAACCACCAUAAGGAAGCACUUUGAAGUUCAAAGAGACAUAUUUUGCAUAAUCUCUCUCAUCUCUAUGAGCGCAGUAUGAUUCACAAUGUUGGAUCUUUGUUUCCUUAUCUAGACAUUAAAGUGGACAUGUGAAGCUUUUCCUCUACAGAGAACUGGCAGGCAAAGUGAGGCGAACAUUCAUAGCAGGGGACAUGAGAGUUUGGGGAAAAGCAUAUGGCUCUUAGUUAACUUCUUCAUCACCCUAACCCUCUAAAGCUGUCCUUUUGCAUAUUCUCAAGUGUUUACUUAUGUUUGUUGACAGACUAGGUCACAACUCCAAUAGCCAAUCUUAGCCAGUUCUGUGGCAGUAGACUGUACUGAAGUGGGGAGUAUGUGCUGGGCCCAUGUGACAUAGCUGUAAUCGUCAGUUCUAGAGAGCCAAAAUGGUAAUAUGAAGCUAUGCAUACCAAGCUCAAUUUCACUCCAUCUUUGUGUCAAAAUCAUCCAUUCAAAGAAAAUUGAAAAUAGACUUUUGAGAAAGUAAACCUUCUUGCUCCCAUUUUUAAAAAUUUACACUUAAAUUUAAAAUAACAAGUAACCAGCAGAUACUGGCUACCAUCACCACCUGAUGCCGCUGCCAGGCUUGAGCUCACACGGCGGCCAAAGAGUUCUCCACCUUCUAAUCCUAUGACCAUCAUGAUCAUAUCAUGCUUCAGUGCUCCUGCAGCUGCUUCUUCUCUUUCAGUUUUAUUUUGCCUCGUAUGUCCAUAGGAAUCCAGUAGCAUUGAAGCGGCCCAACAGUGCGGUGAAACAACAGAGGAAGGAGUCCCCUGGUCUACAGCAUCGAGGGGCAGGACCUGGAGGCCGUGGCCAGGCCAACUCCAAACAAGACCGGCAGGGUUUUAGGGACGCACGUGGCCCAAAGGGCAAGGAUGAUAAGGUCAGACACCAGCAGUUCUUUGGUUGAAAGGAUGGAUAAGUUGAUGGCUUGGGUCUUUGUUUAAUACCCACUUCAUUUUUGGCUUGGUUCUUUUUUCAUCAGGGAAAGAAAGGGGCCGGAGACACACCAGGGGAUGUAGAGCAGAAGAAGUUUGACAGUACUGGAUAUGACAGUGACCUGGUGGACUCACUGGAGAGAGAUAUCGUAUCCCGUAACCCUAACGUGCACUGGUAUGGCAGACUCUUACAUACUUGUGAAUAUGUUUUGCUCUCAGUGGAUUUUUUUUCCAGGCCCUGCUAACUCAGAUCUCUAAAUGACCUGCAGGGAAGACAUAGCUGAUCUGGAAGAUGCAAAGAAGCUGCUGAGAGAGGCUGUGGUUUUGCCGAUGUGGAUGCCUGACUUCUUUAAGGGCAUACGUCGACCCUGGAAGGUAUGUGCCGGCUAGUAUACCCGUAACCUUCUGUAGUUAGCCUUUAAAAAAAUAACAGAAACCAACUAAGAGAUGUUUGCAGCAGUGAGCAACAUACAUUUUUCUGCACCUCAGGCAGAACUUAAGGUAGAUUUAAAAUCUGUGAGGCAACUGACCUUUUAACAGUGAGCCAUGAUGUCUUACAGUGUGGAACUGUCACACGGCCACUGCCUGCUGCAGCUGUUACAGAGGCUUAAUUUAAGUGUAAUCCAAAGUCAACACCAGCACUUAUGUUGCAGCAAGUCAGUUUCAUUUUUGUUGAAGAGAAACUUUUCACAUAGUGUAGCAUGAAGGCAUGAUAUGCGUUCAAGAGCAACAUCCACAAUUAAAGUGACAAAUAGGAAGACACCCCGAAGCCAAAUGGUUACCACGAACACAGUGAUUGUGUUUUUUUCCUCCAUGCCCCUCACUGGGUUUUUUUUCCUUUGUACAGUUGAUUUUCCAGGAAAAGACAAUUGAAAAAAAAACUGUUAAUUGUUUUUAGAGUGUGACAAAAAUUCAAAAUAGAGGAAAAACAGCAUAGUCAAAGGACCUCAACAAGUCAGAUGAAAGUGCUGUACAGUGAAGGUAAAAUAAAGUUGAGAUACGAUAAAUAAAUAGAGCGAUAAAUCAAGGUAUACGUCAACGACUAAAAACGGUAUAAUUAAUUAAAAACAAUGUAGUGCAUUAAACUCAGGAUACACUAGACUUUAACAGCAAAUUUAGCUUCUUAGUAGCAACAGAAAUAAAAGAAGCUCUGGUACUCCUCGAUUUAGUUCUGGGUAUUCUGGAGUGGUGGCCAGAGGGAAGGAGAUCGAACCCUCCAAAAAGAGGGUGGUCAGGAGAGGUAAAAAUCUGUUAAGCCUUUCUGACAACACACUUACUGUAAAUAUCAUGCAGCUGGGCUUGCUCAGCUUACCUGCUUUUUUUGAAAAGCUUGUCCAGCCUGUUUUUACUCCACCUCAUCACAUUUGACUCAUUUAUGGCUUUGUUGUGCUGUAAUUUUAUAAUUUAUAUAAAACAAAGAAGAAUAAUGAGAUUACAAAUACUUUAAGAAUCAUAAAGCGUUCAAUAAAAUACAACUAAAAAUUAAAAAACUGGACUGUACAACAAAAAAAAAACAAGCUUGAGUGAUAAAAAACAGAAAAUUCACUCCCUCAUGCAUCACUGUAGCAUCUUUCUUGGACUAUAAUUUGAAUACAGUACUAACUGUGUGUUUGUAUCACUUAUCUCAGUUAUUCAUUGGCCUGUUUUUUCAUACUACCUCAAAGUAUGACUCUACUAAAUGAUCACUAAGAGGGUUUUUCUCUGCACUCCCUCUGUUGAUCAUCAUAUGAGGCUUUCUACCUCCAGGCUGACCAUGUGAGGAUCAAUAAGUUAUUGGUUCUCGCAGCAACACAGUCUCUAAAUUGAACUCUUUAUUUAGUUUCUAAGAACCUUUUCAGUACACCGAGAAUACAGUCAAAUCAGGGAUCAAUAAAGAGCACAAAGAUCCUUUCAGUUCAGGAUUUUUUAUGGUCAUAAAUGAAGACAUACAUUUUUGUCUCUGUCUUUAGGGCUACAGAGGUCAAAGUAGUUUUUGUUGUUCCUUUCAAGCAGGAUAUUGAAGUGUUAAGCCAUCUCAAACCAAACUGCUUCUUCUGGGAUUCUGAUCAAUGCAUUACAUGUUUUAUUUCGGGAAUCCGCCUACCCCACCAUGCUGGCAAUAUAACACACACAUCAGCCCAUACAGACUCUGAGGCAGAGGGGAUUAAUUAAAUUGGGGGCUGAUUUAAUCUCUGCAGCAGCAGCAGCAGCAGACACAAACCAGAUGCAGAAAUGUCAGAGGGAGUAGCAGAUAUGGUCUUUAUGUUUGCAGAAUCCUCUUCCAUAGGGGGUGGCAGUUCAGUUUGGUAUCAGGAACUUCAGAUGCAAAAGGAAAGCAUGAAAAUAAGAAAGCUGUAGCAGUACAGCGACAAAGUGAGCAGAAAGCAUACUGAAAGGCAGUUCAUUCAUAUGCAUGGCUUAGCACAAUAACAACAGUCUCUCAUACUUUCAAAUACCAAAGUUCAUCCUGUGCACAUCCAGCGAUGAUGAUGAUGAUACCGAACACCGGCAUUAUCCUGAGUCUACAAAAGCAGGGUUGUGUUCGCUUCCAUGUCCUCUAUUCAUCCCCUUGAUUAGGUGCAACACUGACAUUUACAGGCAAGACUUUGACUAAACGGUUACAAAUUUGUUUUUGGCAUUUGCUUUGUUAAAAAAAAAGAAAAAAGAAACCCUUUAGAGAAAGUAGAGUUCAAUGACUUGUACUUACCUCGGCAUCGGGGACAUGACUGUCAUUUUGACACCACUUAACAGAGCAAUAAAGCUUGAUUAUAAAUGAAGAUUAAGACCAUAAGAUUUCAGCUGAAAAAUGGAAUAUGAAGCAUCUUUGAACAUAUUCUUCUUUAUAAUAAAGUAUUUGCUUCCUAUUUGCUCUCACAUACUGAGAAGCACAGGCGGAUUUCAAUGAAAACAGGUAACUAAGUGUACCAUUUCUAAAGAGAAGCAUUGAUAAACUCAUUUAGUACCUAGCACAACUCUGCAUUCUCUUGUUGAUCUGCUCUUAAUGCUUUUGUUUUCUUACUUAUUUUCCUCUAAUGAACAUGUAUGACAGCCAGAACUCGCAGCAGGUAAUCUCUAAAAGGAUGAACUGUAACUGCUGUUCCUACCUGCUAAUGGUCAGCUUAUACUCUGAGUCAUAUUUGAUGAAUUUGAAAGCUUGCGUAGGAGAUUUUAAAUGCAGAAGAUGAACACUUAAAUCAGUGUUGUCCCACAACAUUUAACCAUUCUGAGAAUUAGUUAUUUGCUGUGCCAAUCUGAGCUUUUAUUUGAGUAGAUAUCAUUUAUUUAUGUCAUUAAUGGCAUGAUAAGAGUCCUCUGCCCUUUCUUUAUGAUGUGUGGCUCUAAUAGACAUGAAAAAACAGUCAUAUUGGUUCUAGAAAUAAGAAUAAAUCUCUUGUGGGUGGUUGAUCACUAAGUGCAGGCUUAUUACUAAGUUUCAUUGUAUGAAAAAUACAAAAAAAAUUUGUGUUUUAUUCGGCUGCUGGUCUAAUAAGAUACUUGGGAUGAAAUGAAUAAAGCAAAGUUAUACCAGUCAAACUUCUAAGUUGUGCUAAGAAGACAUUUUUCAGUGAUUAAGACAGUCUUCUUAGAAUUUAAAGUCCCAGCAUGUCAGCUCAGGACUCCCUCUUUGCAAAGUGUCUGUGUGUAUUUGUUUUUCAUGGCUUGUGUGUUUAAACAGCUUGUGACUCUUUCUCGCAGGGUGUUUUGAUGGUCGGCCCCCCAGGGACAGGAAAGACCAUGUUAGCCAAAGCUGUGGCCACAGAAUGUGGGACUACUUUCUUCAAUGUGUCCUCGUCCACCCUCACCUCCAAAUACAGGGGCGAGUCAGAAAAGCUGGUGCGGCUGCUGUUUGAAAUGGUAAGCGUUUGCAGAAGGAUGCUGUCUGUUCUGGGAAACAUCACGAUAAUAAAAUAAAUGACUUUUUAUGUUGUGGUUUGGCAGAGAAAACACUGUUUUUGUUUCUGUUUAGGCCCGGUUUUAUGCACCAACAACCAUUUUCAUAGAUGAGAUUGACUCAAUUUGCGGCAGGAGGGGAACAUCAGAUGAACACGAGGCGAGCCGCAGGGUCAAAUCAGAGCUUCUGGUUCAGAUGGAUGGUGAGUGGAAUAGAGAUGUGGGGAGAUGAGGAUAUGAAGUGAAAGCACAAACUGCACAGUGAGGCUCUACACAGUACAUCUUUUCUGAUUGUGUGGUUCACGUUGAAGUUCAAAGUCAUAUUUUUGUGGAAUCUACUUUAAAACCAAAUCGUUGUUCAUUAUUGAACCAAAAUAAGUCCAAAUCUAUGAUCUUGGAACACAAAAAGUACAGAAAUACACAUCUUCUGAAAUAGUGGGUUGGUGUUUUUGAUGACCAGGUGUCGGGGGAGCCCUUGAGAAUGAUGACCCCUCUAAAAUGGUGAUGGUCCUCGCUGCCACUAACUUCCCCUGGGAUAUCGACGAAGCGUUACGGCGGCGCCUGGAGAAGAGGAUUUACAUCGCACUACCUACAGGUGACCUAAUCAGCUGUACACUGAACCCACAACACUUUACAGCAACCUCUUACUAUGGGCCAUAAACAACAGUCCUGAUAACUCAUUAAUGCCGUUCACUGUGUGCAGCUGUGGGUCGCGUGGAGCUUCUAAAGAUCAACCUGAGGGAGGUGGAGGUGGCUGCUGACGUGGACCUGGACCUCAUCGCAGAGAAGAUUGAGGGCUAUUCUGGCGCGGACAUCACUAACGUCUGCAGGUCUGAGUGAUCGUGUUUAGUCUGCCAAAAAAUGAAAUGGAGGGAUUGAUCAUCAGUCAUCAAUUGAUCCAUUUAACCGCCAACACACAGAUAGGAUGACAUUUUACUGGAGACUAAUAAAAAGCAUACCCAAGAAAUUUAUGGAUUUCUUAAGUGUGUUUGAAGUCCAACAAUAUAUUAUUAAACUCAUCCCCAUUUUUGAGAUGAAAUAGCUCUUAAUAGGAUCAAUUAAAUGGCUCUACUUCAGACAAAGGAAUACCAUCAACACUGAUGUUUUAUAUGUAUAUUUAUUCUUUAUUCUGUGUGUAAUGCAUAAUGACACUAAGAUUUAGUGGAACAUACAUCUAGUCUUUCUUCUUGUUGUCAUUUCUGCCUGGUCUAUGCUGGGAAUGGCAGAUUUUUAUGUCGUUACAGUUGUUUCUGAUCAGCUCUGGCUUGUAUUAUUUCGUUGACCUUGUAUGCGUGUGUUUAUUAUCCGUACACUGCCUUAAGCCUGCAGGAUUUUAGUCUUGUUGCAGCCAUGACAUCAUCCGUUUAACAGGAGUUAAAUUCUUGGAAGCAAUAGAGUGUGAAGUGUAUUUGAGGGUGUAUUACAUAUAUGUGUAUUAAAGCAGAAGUACCUUAUAUGGGUCUUAACUCUGCUCCUGUCUCUUCAUGAACCUCAGGGAUGCAUCUAUGAUGGCGAUGCGUCGUCGAAUCCAUGGCCUGACUCCAGAGGAGAUUCGAGCUCUGUCCAAAGAUGAGCUGCAGAUGCCUGUGACCAUGGAGGACUUCACCCUCACACUGAAGAAGAUCUCUAAAUCAGUCUCUGCUGCAGACCUGGAAAAAUACGAAGCCUGGAUGGCUGAGUUUGGGUCAGUUUAAAGAAACUGUGGAGAGAACAUUAAGAAGCGGACUCAGAGCUUUGAAGAUGGUGAAAGCCUUAAAGAGAGGUACUUGAGAAUGUAUAAGAACUGGGCAGCACACGGUGGGUUGAAGACAUACAUGGGAACAUAUUCACUUCCCCCCUGCCCUUCACAUGUCGUCCUUUUAUGUUUGUCUGCCACCAAGCUGCUGACUGAAUAAAGUCACUAGAACACGGGACUGUUCAUGUAUAACAUAGCCUGAUACACACAGGUAGACCUGGGAAUGCACUACUUUUACUCUUGUUUUGGCCUCUUGCAAGAACAUUUUGAUCAUGCCGUAAAUUUCUCAUCCUAACCUGAUUAAUGCGAACUCUUUCUUUGAGUGUGUGAGACUCGAUAAUUGGGAUGAUUAACUCCCCCUCAAGUUCUCCUUGCGCCUUUUGUUUGCUAUUUUUGUCUUAGAUGUAAAAAACUAAAUUUCACUCUGCUGAGCCAAAAUAUAACAGCUUUUUUUGCAGUGUGAAUACUGAUAUAUACUUUUUAAUCCUUAAAGAGCUGCUGACUACGUGCAGUUGUAUUGUGACAGAAAUAGAGAGGGAUUAAGACAUUAAAAUGGUGCAAAAUACAACACAUAUCUGGUCAUCCAGCUUUGUGUAAAACCAGAGAUGUUUGUGUAAUCUCCAAACAACUACUGGCUUCUCAUGGUUGAUGUGCUAAAAUCUACUAUUCAAACCUCAUAGUUAAUGCCAAGUUAUUUUAUCAGGAUAGGAUGUUGAAAUUCUGAAAUUCUCUACAUGAUCAGCAUUUCAGAUGGAAACCAGGGUACGAAUGUCUUUAGGAUCUGAAAGUUGAGAGAACUACAACACAUUGGUGAUUCUUGUGAUUCUUGCAAGAGGCCCACUGUCUUCAAGAACUGUGUGUUUGAGCACUUUUAAUUUAAUGUAAUGUAAUGUGUCGCUCAUGAGAGCUCAUACUACUGACUGAAAACACUUGAAGAAACCACAAUGUCUGUGCUGUCUAGGGACUGACUAUGUUUGUGUUUGUUUUUUUUUAUAUAUGUAUGUGUCUUCAGUUUUAGUCCUCUUGAGUCAAACUAAUGUAGUAGCACACCUGUAACUGACACUUAAUUCUUAUCUGGAACCGCACCUACUGAAAGAGUCAGAUUGUGUUAUCUGUAGCGACUGAAACAUGAUUUAUUAUUUACUUAAUACUCACUCAUAGUUUGACUGGUGUUUAUUUUUUAGCUCUAUUUUUCCCCACUGGUUUUAUAUCUAACUUCAGGCCACAUCAAGUCUUAAGAGCAAAUAAUAAAUUACUCAAACUCCACUGACUUUGCACCACAGGGUUAUUUCCAUUUCAUAGUCCCUAAUUACUGUAGUCUUUCCAUGCAGUCUCACCAGAAUUUUACCCUGAUGUAGAGACAAGAGAAAUAUUGAUGAUGGAAAAAAAAAAUCAACAUAGAGUCUUUUCACAAGAUCUUUCCAGCACUUUUAAGUACAUCACACUCCCUCAAUCAACAGAUGGCGUUUGCAUCAGGAAAUGGUCUGUUGACAUUUUCAAUUCGACUAGAAAUCCAUACAGAUAGCCUCAUAACAGCUGCUGAGCUCGCCUGUCAACACAUCUGUCUCCAUGAUUUUAAAGCAAACCACACAUAAGUCCUUUUAAAAUUGUGAGUCACAACAGUGCUGUAGUGCAGCAUAUUACUGGUUUGCUGUUUUACAGUGAGUCUGUCUCGCCAAGGUUAAGCUCCUGUUGCUACUGCUGAUGCCAGUUUAGCAGUUAGCCAACCUGGUCCCACUAUUACAUCUCUGUGCAUUUGACACUGAAAGCUCACAGUGAGUAAAUAUCUGGCCUUGAUCUGAAAAGAGCCAAACCCAUAUGAAUUUUAAAGUUUGUUUUUAGGCUUAAUAUACCUUGGUUGUCUGUGGUCCAUGUUUUAAAAAAUGACUGAAAUUGAAAACACUACAGAGGGAGUAUUUAUCUGCCAACAGCAAUCACUCUAUCUCUUGUUAAAAGCUCUGGAAAGGGCGAACAGAGUGUCACUGAAUUAGCAUUAUUUUGCUGAACUACUCCUCUACAAUUUGGAAACAGUGAACCUUUGAUGUCAGCUGCAUUGUGAAGUUAUUCAACCUGAAUUCCCGUGAGUAUGCAGAGUACUUUACAGACUCACUUUAGAUUCUAUUUUGCACAACUAUUAACGAACAAAGGCUUUCUGCAGGCAUCCCGCUAGCAAAUGCUGUGUCUUUUUGAAAGGUCUGAAUAAUAAAAUUGGACAGAGAAUGAUUGAAUUGGAUAUUAAAUGUUUUCUUUGUCCUCUGGUUUUGAAAUCUCUCCUGAGUCCAUCAGCCAGCCACAUUGGUAUCAAAUGCUGGAGUGUGAAAGUAUCUGCGCAACAAAAUGCUCCACUGAUUGAAGCUGGAAAGAGACCCGUUUCCUCACAGUUUUAACAGGUUAGCCUAUCCUAUCUUCCUAACUUUUUACACUGUCUGUCAUACUGGCUUGAACCUAACAACAGGAUGAACUCUAGGUCUGGGUGUGUGUUGUAGUGAGUUAAAAGAGAUGAGCGUAACCUGUCUCCUUCUAAAUUUGUUUUUGUCUUUUUGGGGACAAAAUAGUCAACUGGUGGGGCCUGUCUGGUUGUUCCCAGGCUAACAUAGAGAAGUUGUGUUGCAGAUUAGGUUUUCCCCACAUUUUGGUAACCCAAACCAUAAAUAAAGCCAAUGAUUCUUGCUUAUAAACCAUUAAUGAAAACUGACAUACUCUUCUCUUUAGGAACAGGUAGACAUAUGGCUGCAUUUGUUCUUUCCAAAAUGAAUGAAUAAAUAAAUAAUCCUAUUCCAUCAA